CUCCCCUUUUCGAUUAUUGUCUGGCUUGGUUACUAUAAAUCUCAGUUAUAUCAACUGAUUUUCUUAUUUCUCCAAAAAUAUUCUUUACGGUUAAGGUAUGUUGUAUAAAUUUGUCAGGAAUGUACUCUGUUCUGCAUUUAUGACUCUGUAGGAUUUGUAUUGUGAAAAUAAGAUUUUAGGAAUUUUUUUUUGUACAUUUCAGGAACGUUUCUAUUUCAUUAUCAAAAACUUCUUAAUUAAACCAUGUUAUAACUAUUGUAAUGGCCUGAAGAUGUUUGUUGUACUGACACGGUGUAUGAUGUUUUCACGCCUCUGAGUGGUAUAAUUUACCUUUUGGGUGUAGGAUCAGCAGACGACACGCUCUAGCGGCCUGUCAGUCAAACGCUCGUCAGCGCGUGAGCCUCGACUUGGGCAGAACCUAUUACCAUUAGGUGAACAGUAUACAAAUCUCACCUUAUUAAACGAAAUGAAGAGUCACUGACAACCAAUGCAGAUUAAUUAAUGUGUGCAAUUAACGAUUCAUUUCAAAGGAACAGAGAUUCAAAAGCGACCGAAAAAAAAAUUGUGCAUAAAGAAAAACAUUAAAAAAGAAAUCAAAUGAAAAACAUGUCCGCACCUCGACGCGUGGAUUCAGCGGAAAGCAUCCGGGACCAGUAUGAGGCUCUACGGAAGCUGGCCAUGGUGCAAGUAGGACCCCCAAGGAAUCCCAAUAAGCCCUUUACCUCAUUUAGUAUUUCUGAUAUUCUUGGAGGAAAUAAUAACAAUGCCAAUCGGCGACAAGUUCAGAGAAACCUGAACAACAACAAUGUGAGGAGCAUUGUGAGACCCUGGGACUCCAGGUGUAGUCCGGGGAGGGACAGCGAGUGUUCCUCGGACGAGGAGGAGAUCAAUGUGGAGGACGAUGAACCCUCCCUGCCCCUCAUACAGAACGACUCCCCCCUGGACGCCCUGAUGAAGAUGGCCAACAAAACGUUUGAGGGUUUAGAAACUGCAGAAUCGGCAGAGGCAAAACGGAGAGAACAAGCAGCUUUAUUUGGGAAACACCAACCACCAAAAAAGCGACGGAAGUCCCGAACAGCGUUUACAAAUCAACAGAUUUACGAGCUAGAGAAGAGAUUUCUAUAUCAGAAGUACCUAACCCCGGCAGAUAGGGAUGAAAUCGCUCAGAACCUCGGACUUUCCAACGCUCAGGUGAUCACCUGGUUCCAGAAUCGCAGAGCAAAGUUGAAACGCGAUCUAGAGGAGUUAAAAAACGACGUUUCUGCGACUCAGGUAUUGAAAUCGCCUUCACAUCAAAUGAAAGACGAUAAUGUGUCAGAGAAAUCAUUUAAUACUGACCCCGAUUUGUCAAGGUCAGCAGAUGAGGACGAUUGUGAACCUUCCCCACCAAAAAUGCAAAGGACUUCCGAAAGUGAAGCAGAAAAUGUAUCAGAAAAAGACGAGUGUUCCGAUGUUGACAUGGAGAUACAUUCACCCUGAUAUUAGAACCUGAACCACAUCCAUAACGUUCAGUUUUCAGUUCCACAUGUCCCAAAAUGUGCCAUAUGAUCUAAGUCUCUUAUCGAUUGACAUUUUCGGUAAAACUAGUGACAGGUUAGGUCAUGACCUUAACAUUCUUGUUGCAGACUUCCUCGCAAACUCUUUCGGAGGACUGCAAUAGUUUGUAAAACAUGUCUCCAUAAGGUGAACAAGAAAUCAGUAAACACGCAUCUCAUUUAGUUUCCCUCAUUCUUCGAAAUCGAAUGAACUUGGCACUUUUUUUUAAAGAGCAGAUGUGAAUGCAUUGGUAAGAGUUGCGGGAGAGUAUAGCGGAAUUUCAUUGCUAACUUACAAGUUUCCUUACAUAUCCUAUUUAAGAUGUUGAACGAGUUGCUACGGUAGAUAGCUAUGUAGACUUUCACUAGAGACCAGGUUUAUUGACUCGGUGCAGAUUCUGUACCUUCAGAUUUGUUUCUUAAUUCUUAUUUGGAAUUAAACACCUUGAACAUAAUAAAUAUGAAUGUUACAGAU